AUGACCUUUGAGCUUUACAUCCCCGAGAAUCUCGAAUUCCGCGACUAUAUCGCCAUUGUCCAGACAGCGCGCACUUUUGCCGACGGUUACGAUCAAAAGGAUGCCGAACGUCUCCACGCAGUAGUUGCCCCCACAAUCGAAGUCGACUACCGACUCGUUUCAGAGACAAUCCCAUAUAAGAGUUACAAUCCAGACGACUUCAUCGCCGAGAUCCUAUCACCUAAGUUACUGGCCAACGAGAAACUUCUCACGCAGCAUCUGCUGGGUCAAUGUUAUUUUAGGUCUAUUUCAGCUGGCGAGAUUGUGGUUCAAUGGCAGCAGAUCGCGGGACAUGGGAGGUGGAUUCAGGGCUCUCACCCUUUGAAAAAGCAAGUUGAUAAGACGAGUGAUGGGAAGUCCUACAUGGAGCAGAGGUAUAUCAAGAUUGAUGGACGCUGGAAGAUUGCUGGACUGAAACCUUCGCUUUUGUAUGAGGUUGGGGAGUUUGGGGAUGUUGUUGCUGAGAGGGAGGAGAAAUCAUAG